UUUUCGCGCAAGGAAACGCGUCCUGGUCCUGGCGCGCCAAAUUUCAAAGCACUUCCUGGGGAGAGGAGGCGAUAAGAUUUACUACGGAGCACAAAUAAAAGACAUAUGUAGCGUUUUACAAAUUAUAUACCUUCAUAAUUUGGAAUGAAGACCAGCAAAUGACGGCAUCUGGCCCGGCGCUGCACAUCCACUUUUAAUACUUCCCCUACCUAGAAAUUUAGCACAGAAAUAUCUGUGCUGCGACUUUUUAGUGUGUCCUCCAGAUAUUUUAAUAAUGUCUAGUGUGUCAGAUGUUAUUUCCUGUGUGUAAUAAUUUAUUUAUAAGGGUCCUACUCAAAAGAGUCUUUCUGAGUGGAGAGUCUUCGAUGGAGGACGUUUAGCCCAGUGUUAUGUGAGAGGCCCAGCUGUUGCCGGUGGUGUUGCAGAUUUUUGCCACAUUUAUUUGUGGGAUGUCAAAAUGUCGUCAGGAGUCCAGCCGUGUUUCCAGCUGUUGAGGAUUGGAUUGUCUAAUACAAACAAUAGUAAUGCCCAUGGAAAUGAGUCCUCAGACUCUGCGCGUGACCUGUACACUUUCCGCCCCGCGCUGACCCAGUGUGUGUUCCGGUUGGGACGGGCCACAGAGCUCUGUGAUGUCACUCUGGAGUCAAUGAUCGUGUCCCGUAUCCAUGCCGAGCUCCAUGUGGAAAGAGAAACUGACGUGUCUGGAGAAGAGGGCUGGAAAGUUCAAGUGAAAGACCGCAGUAGCUAUGGAACAUGGGUAAAUGACAUGCGCCUCCAACAAGGGGUGUUAAAGGAAAUCUUUGAUGGCGACACACUGACCAUCGGUGGCCAAUCAGGACGAGCUAGCCCAGAAUUCUACUUCCUCUUCCAGAAAGUACGGGUUCGCCCACUGGACUUUGAUGCCAUUACUGUGCCCAAAGCGGGUUCCUUCUCCUCUGACAUUAAGAACCGAAUCAGAACGUGCUCAGACCGUAAAACAGACCCCGCCGUGGACAUUUCAAAGCUGUCCAUCAACAGAGCCACGGUCAUCCUCAACUCCAUCGGCAGCCUGAGCAAGAUGAACGGCAGCUGCUGGACUUUUAAGAAAAGUGAAAAAACAACCACCUUGAAUACUCCAGUAUUCAACGCUUUGGCCCCGCCCACCACCCCGCCUCCUUUCCAGGCUGUUGGCGAGAUUUCAUCUAAGUCUGUCCCGCCGUCCUCAAAGAGCCGACGCAAGUCAGCCCACACGGUUCUGCUGGAGGACGACAGUUCAGAUGAUCCUGCGGGCCGCAGAGACAUGGAGGACGGGAGGAGAGUACAAGCAAAGAAAAGACGGCGGCUUUACAAAUCAGAGUCAGAGGUGUUUCAACCCCCUCUACCCAAACUGGAGCAGAAUUGCCGGUCACAGUUUGAUGUGUCGAGACACACCGGCAGCGUUUUCAAUGUGACACCGAACAGGCAGUUCAAUCAUGUUGUGAACAUGAGUCACACCACAGGAAACGGCAUCAGUUUGACUCCCCUCCGCCAGCAGAAGCCCUGCUUGUCUGGUCCUGGAAGGAGACCAAGAGCAAACAGCUCUCCAAUAUACUCUUCCCUGGGGAUGGGAAGUGAGAAUUACAAUCUGACCUCCCCGUCAGCGAGGAUGACCAAGACAGAGAAGGCGAGGGGGGUGAUUUCUCGCUUUCAGGCCUCAACUGGGCGACGACGUGGAAGGCCUAGAAAACACCCGCUGCCACGGCCUUCUCUGCCUUCUCCCUCAUCAUCAUCUUCCUCCAGCUCCUCCUCUUCCUCAUCAUCUUCUUCUUCAUCCUCUGAUGACGAUGACGAUGUUGACGUGGGGGUCGCGCAGGGCGUGGAACCUUGCGCAGCGGCACACUGUCGUCUCCCGCAGCAGGACACCGUGCAGUGGAUCCAGUGUGACGACUGCGACGCCUGGUAUCACCUCGACUGCCUGCCGCACAACCACAACCGAGACUCGCUGCUGUUCGACCCCAAUGCAGACUUCCACUGCGGCUGCCACCGAGCCAGAAACCGCUGAGUCCAGGAAUCAUCAAUGCUUCCUCUCAUUUAAGCCUCUGUAAUAAACCAAAUGCUUUCAGACAUGUUGUUAUUACAAUCAAAUUCAUUGGGACUGGCAGAUAUGUUGCUUCUUGGCAUUCACCAUGCAAAUGAUGGCGAGUUAAUGUUUUCUGCCGUGGUGCUAAUUGCUUUGAAUGGUGAUUUAAACUGAUUUGGAUCAUAUGAGGGUGUUGGAUUUGCACACCAGCUUCAGUACGCACUGCAUCCCAUUAGAACUCAACACUGGAUGCCUUCUAACAGUUUAUGAUAUAUGUAUUCAGUAUACACAAGGAUGUAAUCUUCUAAAAGCUAAAAAUCAAAUAUGUAUGAAUAUAAAUGUUUUUUUGUGGGAUUUUAUAUUUUCAGAAGUAUGGGUUUAUGAAUUUAAGAGACUGAGUCUUUGGAUUCAAAUACUGAAUUAGACUUGGAUAGGCUUUGUUAACUAGAUACAAGUUGUUACCAACAUAAUGGCUGGUAUAUAAUAUGUUAUCAUUAAAUACUGUAUGGGAGGUUUUAAAUGGGUGAUGAGAAUAUACACAUGCAGUUAUGAAGAUGUGCUGUCUUAUUCAAGAGUUUCAUAAGCAUUAAUUUCAGAACAUUUAAUAACAGCUAAAUCUGAAAUCACUCCAGAAGCGAAGUGAAGUGCAAACAUUUCUAUGUGUGCACACACGAUUGUCAGUUGUUUAUUGUAAUGUGGCCUGUUAAUAACAUAAGUUUUGAUUCUGAUCUCGACUAACCCUGUGUAGAUGUAUAUCUGUCUAUAAGAAUAGAAUUUCUGUGGUAUGAAUGUUUAAAGAUACUUUCACUGUCUUCACUUUAACUCAACAUUCUAAAAAUGACAAAUGACUUCUGUCACCAUGUUUGUCUUGUUGGGAAUCAAGGGCUGAAUAAAGAAUUCUAUAUUUAAAA